AUGGACCGCGUUGGUGGGGUAUGUCGGUUCGGUGGAGUAGUUUCGGCGGUAAAAACAAGGACUGGUCGUAGUAAGCGAAGAUCGACUGUAUCACCACCAAUUGUAGAAGAAUUACCAGAACCUCCGAGACGGGGCCUCGGAGCUAUCCUUGUGUUAGCUUGCAUAUUAGUCUACCACAAUUCUUUGUACUGUGGUUUUGUAUUUGAUGAUAUAAGUGCCAUUAAAGAAAACAGAGACUUGAGACCUCAGACGCCGAUCUCAAAUAUAUUCCUUAACGACUUUUGGGGAACUCCUAUUCAUAAGGUACGUUUAAUUUAUAUCUUAUACAAAAAACUUUUACUCGCAGUCUUUAAUAUAAUGCCAACAACAUACAUCAACACAACACACCCGUGA